GAAUUCUGUGCUGCUCUGGAGCAAGACUCUCUGAAGCUACAAAUGGCCAAGAAAGCUGUAGAGCAAAGGACACGAGACCUGAGGAAAGAGGGAGAACUUCUUUGUAAAAAUCUUGAUCAACAGAUGUCCUUAAACAGAGACAAAGAGAGAUCCUGCCAGGUGGGCAUAUUUUUAGCAAAGGAGGAGAAGAACAGACUGAGGCAGGAGAAGCAGGCACUGGAAAAGAAACUGGAAGAAGUGAGGACGAGGGUCCUCUGGGAGGACCAGGUGAUGAUGCUGUCUGCCUUGCCAGAGAAGAAAAUGGCAUUUAAGGGAUUUGUGACAAACAAAGAGGACAUGAACAAGCUGAUGCUCGCCCCACUGAUCCACUACCCUCUGCCGGGGGGCUCAGCUCUCAUCACCUUUGAGAAGGCAGAGGUGGCCCAGAGGAUCAUAGAGAUGAAGGAGCACGUGGUGGAGCUGAGCUACGGGGAGGAGCUGGAGGAGGCCGAUCGGUGCAGAGCGCGAGUGCAGGCAGCGCCGGUGGAUAUACUGCUGCCGUCUGCCCUGGAGAUCAGGCUGACUCAGAGCAACAGGAGUAUCCUCGUGUCUGACCUGCCCAGCCUGGGCGUCCCCGAGGAGGCACUGCUGGACAAGCUGGAGCUCUUCUUCAGCAAGACGAAGAAUGGGGGCGGCGAGGUGGAGAGCAGGGAGUUCCUGGAUGACUCUGGCCAGGUGGUGCUGACCUUUGUGCAGGAUGGAGUGGCAGAGCCGCUAAUUGCGAGAGGACACAUCCAGGCGCAUAUUUGCGGUGGAAUAUACGACGUCAAAAUAUCACCAUGCAUCAGUGGAGACAUCAUUAACCUGCAG